AAGCUGGAUUGGAAAUGGAACAGCUGGGACUUGAACCUGUGCUCCAGAAAGAAUGCUGGCUUCACAUGUGGUGGCUUAAUGCACAGUGCCACAACACUGACCUCAAAGAAAUGUCUGUGAACCUAUGAGUGACUUCCAAGAGGGUUCCGCUGCUGCCAAAGAACUUCAGCCUGUAUUGCCUUCAAAAGGAGUUCCUUUAUUUGAUGAAGAGUCCCAGGAGAAUGCAGUAGAUGCAGCUAGAGAUGAUGACAAUGUCGUCUAUCCUGGUGGCUUCCCGAUGGAAUUAGAGGAACACCCAGGUGAGCUCCUGGAGCCCUUUGAUGGGGCAGAACCAUCUGAACUUCAGCCAGAGGACAUACCUCAAAGCCCCGAGACUCUUGAGGAGGGCCAGCCUUCGUUGCUCCAAAAAGAAGGCCUAGCCCAGGUUCCACAGCCUCUCAAGGAGACUACACCUUCUCCAAUGCUGCAGGGGUCUCCAAUUCAGAUCUCUGCUGCUGAAGAAGCUGUCCGGCAGCUUGUUCAAAACGAGAUCAGUGUUCCACGUCCACCGCUGCAAUCUACUUUGCCAAGCAUCACAGGGAGGCCAGCGGAUGUGAUGCUCACAAUUACGCUACAGCCAGGUGGUGAAGUUCAAAGUACUCUGGGCCAGCUGCAGGCCCCAGUUCAGCCUGCAGGGAUCUCGCAAGGGGAAUCCCCUCCCUCAAUCCCACAAGAGGCUCCAGCUCAGACUCCAGGCCCUUCUGUAGACCUAGAGCCUUUCCCGAGUAAUCAAGAGGAGUCUGCUCAGUAUGCUGAGCCUUCAGUGGAGGUGGAACCUCUAGGCCAGCAGGUGGCCCCAAUUCCUCCCGCUCCAGGCCCAUCUGUGGGAACAGAAUCUCUUCCAGGCCACCAGGUGACCCCAGUUCAGAGUGCACGUCCUUCUGUGGAGGUCACAUCUCCUCCCACCCAGCUGGAACAGCCAACUCAGGAUGCUGAGCCUUCGUUGGAGGCAGAACCUUCUCCAGGCCAGCAGGAACAGUUUGCUCAGCCAUCCGAGUCCAUUGGACCUGCUGAAUCUCCUAAAGGCCAGCCUGAGGAGAACACAGUUCAGCCUCCAGAGCACCAGGAGGAAAUAUUCGUAGCUUCAGCUCGCCACCACUGGCAACAACACAUGGACUUACCCAGUAUGGCUGCUAAACCUGCACAUGUGCAGAAUACAAUGCAAGCAGAUACAGAAGAUGGCUUGCCAAUAAAGCACAAUGCUGAAGCUCAGCCUGAGGCCCCAGCUGCGCCUCCAGAAGCUUUUGAAGAGGUUGAGUCUAUUUCUUCGCCGGAGGUGGUACCUCAGGAAGAGGAACCCUCAUCUGAGGAAAUCAGACUGUCUCCAGCCCAGCAGGAAGCUCCAGCUCCGGUGUCAGAGACCAAAGAAGUGAAAUCUCCACCUGCAGAGUCUCAUGAGGCGACAGUUCCUCCUGAAGGUCAGUCUCCAACAUUGCCGAGUGUGUCUGUUAACCCUGCAGAGACCAUGACCGAGGCUAUAACUUUCAAGCCAACAGGAAGUUGCAGCUCAGGCCUCGGGGAACAAUGA